AUGCCAUUCGCCAAGGUCAAUUACAAAACCCUGUACUAUAAAGACUGGUCACCCAAGGAUGAUUCGGCUCCUCGAGCAACACUUGUCAUGGGUUACCGCUGCAUCACUUUCGACAUGACCGGAUCAGGUCUCUCGCCUUAUUCCUACGUCGAACAAAGUAUCCACAGCCUAGCAGAGGACGUGAUUGCCCUGAUGGAUGUACUAUCAAUCGACAAAGCAGUGUUCGUGGGCCACAGCAUGUCUGGCAUAGUUGGCCCUGAGCUGGCAGCCGAGUGGGCAGAUCGCAUCCAAGGACUCAUCUUAGUAGGACCAGUAUGGCCUACAUCAGAAGUCGCACCCGUGUUCGAAGACCGCAUCAAUAAAGUCGCAGACAAAGGAAUGGAUGUCAUGGCUGAUACAGUACCCUAUGCUGCAGUAGGGUCGAAAGCAAAUUCUCUACACCAUGCUUUCAUCAGGGAACUACUGCUUGGAAUGGAUCCUGCUGGAUAUAUCAGUUUGUGUAGGGUGAUUGCCAAUGCGCACAAGUCACCACCAAAGUAUGGCAAGGUUACGUGUCCGACGCUUGUUAUUGCUGGAGAGGAGGAUAAGAGUGCACCUGUGGCUGGAUGUGAGAAGAUUAUCGAUGCGCUUGGUUCGAGCAAGAAAGACAUGGUUGUUAUGAGCAAGUGCGGUCACUGGCACUGCAUCGAAGAUCCAUCAGAGGUUGGAAAGUUGUCUAUCGAGUUUCUGAAGCAGAUAUCAUAG